AUGACGACGAUAACCAUUGUCGAUCACGACAUCCCGGAAACCACACACGACCGUUACACCGUGGAAUUGUACGACAACACCAUACUCACCCUGGUAACCGACACACCCUCUUUCGUCGACGAAUGGAUCUCCGAAAUCGAACGCAUCCAUCAUCGCCGUCUCGACAAUCUCAUCGUCGGUCUCGACGUAGAAUGGCGUCCAAGUUUUAGUAAACAUGUCCGUUACCCUGUCGCCACUCUCCAACUAUGCGUCGGACGACGAUGUCUUAUUUUUCAGAUAUAUUACUCGCGUUACAUCCCACAAUCCCUCGUUGACUUUUUGUCAAACCCAAAUUAUACUUUCACUGGGGUUGGAAUACAUGAGGAUAUUGAGAAACUUAAAAACGAUUAUGAUUUGGAAGUUGAGAAUGUAUCGGAUUUAACGACGUUGGCUGUUCAAGUGUAUAAUGAUAGGGAUCUUUAUGGGUCUGGGCUUACGAAAUUAGCAAAUUGGGUUUGUGGGAUGGAUAUUCAUAAGCCCAAAACGAUUACGACCAGUCAUUGGGAUAAGGAAUGGUUGUCUCUGGCCCAAGUCAAGUAUGCCUGUGUUGACGCUUUUCUUAGUUUUGAGAUUGGGAGGAAAUUGAUUACUGGGGAUAUUGAUUGA